AUGGCCGGCAAGAAGAUUAAGGCUCAUCCAAAGGAAGAGAUGGUCCAAGAUGAUCGUUUACAAGCGAUUGUUUUGACGGAUUCCUUCGAAACAAGAUUUAUGCCCUUGAGUAACGAUAAACCAAGAUGUCUACUUCCAUUGGCUAAUGUACCUCUACUUGAAUACACUCUAGAAUUUCUAGCCAAGGCGCCUGUUAAGGAGGUAUACCUGGUUUGUUCAGCACACGCAACACUGAUUAGUGAUUAUAUCGAAGCUUCCAAAUGGAGUUUCCCCUGGUCACCAUUUAAAGUGUUCACUAUAAUGUCACCGGAGGCAAGAUCAGUAGGUGACGCUAUGAGAGAUUUAGACAACAAGGGUGUGAUAGCAGGAGAUUUUGUGUUGAUGAGUGGUGAUGCAGUGACCAAUUUAGAUUUUGAUAAAUUCUGGGAUUUCCAUAAGAGGAUGCAUGCAAAGGAUAAAGAUCAUAUUGUAACUACAUGUUUGAGUAAAGCAACCCAAUUUCACAGGACUAGAGCAUUUGAACCAGCUUCUUUCAUCCUAGAUAAAUCUGAUAACAGAUGUCUUUACUACCAAGAAAUCCCAUUGCCCAGUUCUAGAGUGAAAACCUCUGUAGAAAUUGAUCCAGAUCUACUAGAAGGUGUAGACGAAUUUGUUUUGAGAAAUGACUUGAUCGAUUGUAGAAUCGAUAUUUGCUCACCAUUAGUACCCGCUAUUUUCCAAGAGAAUUUCGACUAUCAAAUGUUAAGGUCAGAUUUUAUUAAGGGUGUUUUAUCCAGUGAUUUACUGCGUAAACACGUAUAUGCCUACAUUACAGAAGAGUACGCAGCUCGUGUGGAGAGUUGGCAAUCUUACGAUAGUAUUUCACAAGAUUUCAUUGGCCGUUGGUGUUACCCACUAGUUUUAGACUCCAAUUUAAUGCCAGAUCAAACUUAUUCCUACGAAUCAAAUCAUAUCUACAAGGAGCAAGGUGUUGUAUUGGCACAAUCAUGUAAGAUUGGUAAAUGCACUGCUAUUGGUUCUCGUACUAAAAUUGGUGAAAGUGCAUUAGUGGAGAACUGUGUCAUUGGCAGAAACUGUUAUAUCGGUUCAGGUGCAGUAAUUAGAGACAGUCACAUUUGGGACAAUACGGUGAUAGGUAACAACAGUGUCAUCAACCAUAGUAUUGUUGCAAGUGGCACUAAAUUGGGUACUAAUGUUGUACUUAACGAUGGAUGUAUCAUAGGAUUUAACGUCGUGAUAGAAGAUGGUAAGGAAUUACCUCGUGGUGUGAGAGUUAAUGGUACGCCAGUCAAAGACUCGGAAGAUAAUGCAUUUGGUCUUUCCGAUGAGGAAGAUGAAGAAGAAACCCCUGAGAAGGAUAAUCCUGAAAUCGCAUUUGAAUUAUGUGGUACCAAGGGUCGUGGUUACAUUUAUGAAGAUCCACUUUCCGAAGAUGAACAUGAUUUACCGAUUGGUGAGGAAAUGGUCAGUGGAUUGUCUCACCGUUUAGACGAAGUUUAUUUGAGUGACAGUUCCAUUUCUUCUGUCACUAAAAGUAAAAAGAAGCGUACAAUGUCUACGAACAGUGCUUACACCGAUAGAGAAGAAGAUCCAACAGAGUUUGAAGAUGAAGAAGAUUUUGGUGUUGAAGGUGUUGCUACCGUAAAGAGAGCUAUCGAAAACAACCACGAUUUAGAUACUGCUCUAUUGGAAUUAAACACAUUGAGAAUGAGUUUAAACGUUUCAUAUCAUGAAGUGAGAACCGUUACAGUUGUUGCACUUUUGGAUAGAGUUUAUCAUUUUAUCGCUACCCAAACGUUAGGUCCAAAGGAUGCAGCUAAUAAGGUUUUCACACGCUGGGGUCCCAUGUUCCGCAGAGAAGCUUUUGAUCCUGAUGAAUACGUAGAUUUAAUGAACAUUGUCAUGGAACAAGUUGUUGAACAAGAAUUGGAGAAAGGUGAUUUAAUUCUGUUCAGCGCUUUCAACGCUCUUUACGAUAGCGAUAUACUAGAAGAGGAAAUCAUUUACGACUGGUGGUCUCACGUCUCGAAAGAUCCAAAAUUCGACGAUAUAAAGAAAUUGGUAGCUAAAUGGAUCGAAUGGUUGAAAGAAGCGGAUGAAGAAUCUUCCGGUGAGGAAGAGGAGGAAGAGGAGAGUGAAGAAGAAGAAGAAAAUUAA